AUGUCGUCCUUGAUCAGAAAGGUGAUCAGCACCAUGAAAGCCCCAGGGGCCAUUGGUCCUUACAGUGAAACCAUGCUUGUCGACAGGACCAUUUAUAUGUCAGGACAGCUAGGCAUGGACCCUUCAAGUGGACAGCUUGUGCCAGGUGGGGUGAUGGAAGAAACUAAACAAGCUCUUAAAAACCUGGGUGAAAUUCUGAAAGCUGCAGGCUGUGACUUUGCUAAUGUUGUAAAAACAUAUGUCUUGCUCGCUGGCAUAAAUGAUUUCAGUGCUGUCAAUGAGGCCGACAAACAGUAUUUCAAGAGUAAUUUUCCUGCUAGAGCUGCUUACCAGGUUGCUGCUCUGCCCAGAGGGGGUCGUGUUGCGAUUGAAGCAAUAGCUGUCCAAGGAACUCUCAAAACAGCAUGUCUAUGA